AUGAAAGGGUUAAUGGUGUGUAACCAGUGUUCUGUCCCUUCAGCCUGUGGGUUGAGAUGCUACACGUGCACGCUCGCUGAACCCAGGUCGUGCACAGACACCAAAUCUUGUCCAGUGAUCUUCAACCGCUGUUUCUCCCUGAGAGCGGAAGGUUACGACAUGGUUACGAAGGGCUGCCAAACAAGCGUUGCGUGUGUGGGUUCCAUUUCCUGCUGUGAGGGGGACUUGUGUAACAGCGCCGCACUGGCCCGUCCCAGCGUCAUCCUCCUGCUGCUGUCCUCAGCCAUCAUCACCGGCUUCAUCUGAGACUCUCCAAGAGCGACAGCUUCGUGGAUUUCAAUACGUCUACUAUGGGAUUUUUCUGACUCAGUUUGUACAAGUCAUGAAUAAAGCCUUUCCAAUAUU